UCGCGAACCCGUCAGUCGCGCUCAAUCUUUCGGAGGAAGAGUUACGUCGCCUUCUAUCGCGUUCCGUCGCAUUUUUGCAACUAUUUUUUUCGCCCUUCGAACGUGUUGCCACAGUGAAUCGUCUUGCUUAUCAUUUUCCUUUGUAAAAAGACCUCUCGUAAAAAUACUUUUACAUUGGUUUUUCAUACCUUUCGUAAUUUUUUUUUUUUGUUAAGUAAAGAUAAUCAAAGUUUCGAAGGUCGCGCGACGAUUACGCGAUCUCGCGGUCGAUUUUCGUGCCGUGCGUGCCGACAGGAAGAGGAUCUACGAGGAAGACUGCAUUUGAUUUUAUUUUUGUAUUUAAUUAAUUAAUUAUCCUUUGCACAAAUCCUCCCCUUUGCGCAUAAGAAUCUUACAAUUAGUUUGUUUGACUUGCACCAAGGGGUCUUCCCUCGUCGCAUCGCGUCUACUCUGAUUAAUCGAAGGAACUUCAACGACUGCUCGGACAGGUUGAAAAGGAUUAAGAAGAUUACCUGUUGCGGUACUAGGCACAUCGAGGCGAGAACGACCAAGAGAAACUAGAAAGAGAGGAUAGAGAAACGAACUCGAGUGUUUCGAGGACAAUUAGCCGAGCGGUGGAAAACCUUCGAGGAUUCUUAAAUGGAAAUGCGUACCAAAGAUCGAUCCGAAUUUACUCACCAAUGACGCAUUUGCCGGUGACGAGGUGACGAUCGAUUCGGUGACGCGUUUCGACCCAAAUCGAUCGAAGAUGGCUAAAAGUUCCGAAAGAUUACCUGGUACCUCUUCAAGAUUAAGAACCAGAGACGACGGAUGCUGUUCGGUCAAUUUUCUCAAAUAUGUUUUACAUAUUUACAAUGUCGUCUUAUUUUUAUCCGGAUUUGUGGUGGGCGGUAUUGGCAUUUGGACGGUCGUCUCGAAACACAGCUACGUAUCUCUGAUGACAACGUCGACCUAUCAGAGUCUCGCAUAUGCCCUCAUUGUUGCAGGUAUUUUGGCUGUUGUUGGAAGCUGGUUAGGAUGCGGUGGAGUUACCACAGAAAAUAGAUGUGUCCUCUUAAUUUAUGUUUUCAUCGUAAUGGCAGUCCUCGUAUUAGAAGCAGGAGUUGGUGCAUUGGCACGUCUUUACGAGGAACAAAUAGGUCCAGAAUUGAAGAUGAAUCUUAAUCGUACCUUCCUCGAUAAUUAUUCCAUAAGAUCGAGAGAAACCGAAGCGAUUGAUAGAAUGCAAAAAGAAUUCAAAUGUUGCGGUGCACUUCGAUUCGAGGAUUGGUUGGUAAGUGAAUGGCACAAGGACGAAGAAGUCCUUAAAAAUGGGAGCCGCGUGCCGGAUAGUUGUUGCAAAACGGAAACUUUACUUUGCGGGAGGAGAGAUCAUCCUUCCAACAUUCAAUACACGGGUUGCAUUUACAAGUUUCUCGAAACGACCAAGGAUCAUCUUAUCAUUCUUGGGGCCGUUGGUCUUGGUCUCUCCGUUUUAGAACUUUUUGGUAUAGUUCUUGGUUCUUGCCUUUAUAUCAAACUUAGGCACGAUUUCGAUGAUUGACAAUGACGUUGUACAACCAACAAACAACAACGUUCUUCUGACGACUAAAAGAGAGAGAAUUUUUGUUCCGACUAUAUUUAUCCAUUUGGACCAGUUAAUAAGAAGAAGAUCCGUCGAUGAUGAUAUCCUUCCUGCUCAAAUUUAUUUGCGAUUAUUUUUCUUUUUUUUUUUACUUUGAGCAGGAACCACGAAUAAAAUCGCUACUAACUAUUAUAAACUGCCUGUCCGGGUUCAUCGUCCAAUCAACGAAACUCUUUUCUAUUUUUUACGCGUCUAGCGCUAUUUCAAGUCGUUCGUUUUAUUUUAAAUCGUCGAAAAUAAUA